AUGUUCAAGCUGCUCUAUUGGCCAUAAAAAAUGGACAAAUGACUAAAAAAGCAGCUUCCAAGAACUACAAGAUACCACGAUCUACUCUACAAUUCCGAUUGAGUUCAAAAUUUAUAAAAACACGUCCUGGGCCCGCAACGGUCUUAACUGACGAAGAAGAAGCGAGUAUUGUUGAAUGGCUUAAGGUUUCACAAGAGAAAGGGUUCCCAAAAAGAAAAGAAGUUAUUUAUGCUGUCCAAGAAUUUUUAAGGCAAAGUAAUAGAGAGCAUCCAUUUGGUAGUGAGGCAAUACCAGGAAAAGGAUGGUUUAGAUCCUUUUUGAAGCGUUAUACCACUUUGACUUUCAGAGCAGUUGAUCCAGUUUCGUCAGCAAGCGCAAAUGUGGCGGUAACAGAUAUUUUUGGCUGGUUUGACUCCAUACAGGACUAUUUGAUCAAAAACCACUUUUUCUCAAGCCUUGAAGAUCCUAGCCGAGUAUUUAAUGGGGACGAAACAAAUUUUUUACUGUGUCCUAAAUCUAAAUCCGUUCUAGCUGCAAAAGGAUCAAGAAACAUUUAUGAAGUUGAUAGAGGCCAAGCCAAAUUGAAUUUAACUGUAAUGUUUUCAUUCAACGCAAUGGGAUCAAUGUGCCCUCCAAUGAUCAUAUAUCCUUAUAAGAGAUUUGAAUCGAAAUAA